GCGGAAAGGCGCAGCAGAUUACGCACGGUCUCCAGCUUGGAUGCCUCUGCUUCAGCGCGGACUUUUAUUGUGUCUGUGGAAAUGUAGUUGCAUUCUUGAGGGAAUCUCAAGAAGGCGUUUGCUGCUCCAGCACUAGUUGAUGAGAGAAGUGAGAGCCGUUGAGGCUCUGUUUCCUGUUUGCCAGCGCGCUGCAGCUGGGCUGAAGAAGCCCCGCAGGGCUGAGUGAACGCCGGUCCUCCGUCCCCCGCUCCAAACCACAGCCAGUCCGCCGCAGACACACAAUGUGCGACCUGAUGCCAGCCUCCCAGCCCGCGGAGAAAAUCGGCAAAAUGAAAAAGUUGAGGAGAACUUUGUCCGAGAGUUUCAGAAGCAUCGCUUUCAAGAAAGAGGACAGCGGCUUUGAUGAGAUAUGUGUCACAAAGAUGUCCACACGCAGCUGCCAGGGAACAGACUCGGUCAUCAAGCCCCUGGACACCAUCCCUGAGGACAAGAAGGUGAGAGUGCAGCGCACGCAGAGCGGCUUCGACCCGUUCGAGAAGCCCGCCAGCCAGGUGAAGAGGGUCCACUCUGAGAACAAUGCCUGCAUCAACGCCAAGAGCUCGUCCGCCGGCAAGGAGUCCCCCAAACUGCGUCGGCACUCCAGCCCCAGUUCUCCUACAAGCCCCAAGUUUGGAAAGGCAGAUUCCUAUGAAAAGCUGGAGAAACUGGGAGAAGGUUCAUAUGCGACAGUUUACAAAGGAAAGAGCAAGGUGAAUGGGAAGCUGGUGGCUCUGAAGGUGAUUCGUCUGCAAGAGGAGGAAGGAACGCCCUUCACAGCCAUAAGAGAAGCAUCUCUUCUGAAAGGCUUGAAGCAUGCCAACAUCGUGCUCCUCCAUGACAUCAUCCACACCAAGGAAACCCUGACUCUGGUCUUCGAAUAUGUGCACACAGACCUGUGUCAGUACAUGGACAAACACCCUGGGGGUCUCCAUCCAGACAAUGUGAAGCUGUUCCUGUUCCAGUUGCUGAGAGGCCUGUCCUACAUCCACCAGAGGUACAUCCUUCACCGCGACCUGAAACCACAAAACCUGCUCAUCAGCGACACUGGAGAGCUCAAGCUCGCUGACUUCGGCCUGGCCAGGGCCAAGUCGGUCCCCAGCCAUACCUACUCCAACGAGGUGGUGACACUGUGGUACCGCCCUCCAGAUGUCCUGCUGGGAUCCACGGACUACUCCACCUGCCUGGACAUGUGGGGAGUGGGCUGCAUUUUCAUCGAGAUGAUCCAAGGAGUGGCUGCCUUUCCUGGGAUGAAGGACAUCCAGGAUCAGCUGGAGAGGAUAUUCCUGGUCCUCGGCACCCCAUCAGAGGAUAGCUGGCCCGGCGUUAACUCUUUGCCUCACUUCAAACCAGACCGCUUUACAGUGUACAGCGCUAAGAAGCUCAGACAAGCGUGGAAUAAGUUGGGCUAUGUGGACCAUGCUGAGGAGUUGGCCUCCAGGUUCCUCCAGUGCUUCCCAAAGAACCGGCUGUCAGCCCAGGCAGCGCUGAACCACGAAUACUUCAGCAACCUUCCUCCACGGCUCUGUGAGCUGCAGGACAUGUCUUCUAUCUUCACUGUACCAAAUGUCAAGCUGCAGACAGAGAGCGGGGACAGCAUACAGGUGUGUGCACGAAGGAACAGUCAUGGAAAGGCAUCCUCUGGCAGCAAACACUGACCUGAGGCAGCAUCCUGCACACGACUGCCUGACAGGUGGUUGCUGUUGAAGAAGAUGAAGACAGAGGUGCUGAGAUGGAGGAUCCGGACGAAUGAAAGAGCCCCAGUUCUCUUUAUUUAUUACCUUCACAAUAUGUGUGAGCGUGAGCGUGAGCGUGAGCGUGUGUGUGUGUGUGUGUGUGUGUGUGUGUGUGGCGUGUGCAUGGGAAAGAGAGCGAGCAUUGAGAAUAGAUAUGAAUGCAUGUGUGCAUUAUGAACGGUACCUAAGAUUUCAGGCUAUCAUUUGCAAAUUUUGUUUACUUUUUAUAAGGUUCCAAUAACUCAUAUAUCAUUGUCACAGUAUAAACAAAAGGACUUUACUAUCGGUACACAUUGUGUUUUGUGUUUGUAACUAGCCUCCUAUUUAAGAAUGUAUAUUUGUAUGUACAAUAUACUCAUCUAGAAACUAGAACUAUAUAAUGGACAAUUUUAAUAUUGCUUCAUCUUCUCACCACUAUACUGCUCUUGCCAAGACACACAACUCUACAAACACAUAAAGGAGACAUGCAAACAUGCAAAAGUACAUCUAUAAAACAAAAACAAUGCAGUCAGUUCAAAGAAAAAAAAUGAAUCGUAUCGAGUUUUUUUUCCAUUUCUCUCUGACCAGGUUCAGCUUUAUUUUGAACCGCAGACAACAAUAAGAAUAAUAAUGGAGGGCUUUCAGCUGGCGUAUCACAUCCUCUGGCGGCCAUACUGGAGGUCCUCGGUUCUUUGGUAGCAGAGAACAGCUGAGUCAGCAACGUACAAUUCUGCUGACUCAGCAGCUAUUACAUGGUUACAUUGCAUUGUCUUUAAAAGUUGAACUUCUUAUCUCUUAAUGGCUGGUAUACGUGACUGAUUUGGUGUUAAAAUAAUGAUAGCCUGUUAGCUGACUAACUGUGGUAUUUGUCAGGUGACUGUCACCAUUAUGGUAUCAACAAAUCUGAUUUAAACACGAAAGCGCAAAUCUAGUAGGUUGUAGUAAAAUAGAGGUUAGAAACUGUAUAGUAACAUACUGAUCUUUGUCAUAUAUUUCUCUCCUCAUUCUGGCUGGGUUAGGAUCUCAUAUUUGGACAUUUUCAAGGAAAAUAGAUUUUUCAAACCCCUAUUUUCACAGUUUUGACCAUCAUUCCCAUCAGUUAUCAAAGUAUUUCACUCACAAAUAGCAUUGCUGAGAUUUAGGGACUGCACUGCAAAAGUCUGUGCAGCAAGUAGACAUGUCAAAGUUGAACCAGGAAGUAGCUUACGUCAACAUAUUAAGCUCAGUACAGAGUGCCAGUUACGGCUGACACAUGCUUUUCUGCAUCCCGGUGAAUGUACACAGGGAUCUUUUGGAAACAUUUACUUGGCUGUUUCUUUCUACUUGCACACGUAAAUUGUAUUAUCAACUAGUACAGCUAGGCCACACAAUGUGUUGAGAUUGGUGAGCGAGCUCAGCGGCUUCUCUUUGGACUUCUGCAACCUAUAGUUACCGUCUGUAUAACACCCUGCUUGGCACAGGGUUGCAGAAACAUUUACAUGUAUCUUUACAGAAACAAAUUCUAGCUUUAGCCAUUUUCAACUAGUGGUCAACUUAGGUACUGCAAUGUGGUCCAAAGGGCAUUUUCCCCAUUGAACACAAUAAUAAAAGAGACAUCUUUAAAACUAUUUAUGUUUAUGGCAAACAAGGUAAAUUAUUCUUCAUUUGUCUUUGUAUUUUGAGUGAAGUCAUUUUUGUCAAACUAUUAGCUGUUGAUCAAGGAUGGGCUCAAGGAUAGAGACACUAAUGCACAUGAUGAAGCAACUCGUUAAAAAAACCUAAAGAGAUUAAACAUUUAGGCACAUGCACUGGACGCCAUGUUGGAGUCUGGUAUCAAGUUUUUAUAAUACAAGUAUUAUCUAAUAAUGCUCACAUUUGCCCUCAUUUUCACUGUUUAAAUGUGGGUUAAAAUAUUUGCAAUGCAUGUCAUGGAAUAUUAUAACGGGCUUUUUGAUAUUUGCACCAUGAAAAAAAAAAAGUUUGUGAGUAAAAUUUUAUCAUGAUCUGCAGGAACGAUGGGCAAAACUGCACCUUGGUUGUAGAAAAAUACUAGAAAAAGUCUUCUCAUUUAUUUUCCAAAUGGACCUCCAUGAUGGACCCAGCCCUGCUUGAUAUGAGUUUUGUGUUGCAACUGAAAGGCCCCUCUAACAGAAAUGAUCUCUGCUGGAGAUGUUGACCGUGCACACAUAAGACAACAGGGACAGCACCGACCAGUGUGCUUAAGAAUAUAGACGCAAUACUGUAAUUGACAACAGCUGUAUGUGUGCGUGUAUGAUGGAGGUGUGUGUGUGUGAGCGCAUAAAACAUGGGCAAUAGCUAAGCAUUGGUGCUUCCAUCCAUGCAUAUGAGCUAAUGUACAAAAGUUAAAACGCCGAGGCAAUAGGCUGUGUGGCCUAUUGUUUGAUCUGGCCCACGACAAUCUGCCCUUUCACUUUAUCUGAUACCACAACAAGAUCUGCAAUAUUCCGUCAGAAACAGAUGAUCUAUGUCAAUAACUAACUUUUUGUUCAGUUCAUGAGUCAAAUGUUAAGAUUGAUCUGGAGCUCUUCUUAUCUGACAAAUUAAGCAGGUGUAGGGAUGACUGCUUGCAGUGUGUGGUAGCGUGUUUGCAGUAUGUGUACUUCAGGUGGUGAUUACUUUGAUCAGUCCCUUGACCACCAACCUGUGCUCUCCCCCAUAUGUGUGCCCCUCAACAUCUUACAUUUUCUAAAUGUUUUGAACUUUUUAUGACACCAUGACGAAGUCAGCUGUAUAACAUGGUAUCAUCUGCAAAGAUGUUUAUACAGUUUUUUGGUCUUUCUUUUGAUGUUUUGUGUGAAAAUAUCUGAAUAUUACAGCUUAGAUGUGUGGUGAUAAUUGUGAAGUACUAUCAAUACAAUGGCUUCCUCUUCGAUCUCGAUCAGUUUGAAAUCGACUGAAACAAUAAUAUUGGCCCUGCACUGUUGAUUAGCUGAAGAGAUGAGGCUGCACAUGUGACGCCAUGGAGAAUUGGAAACUGUGGAUCCUUAAUGCCACUUCACUGCCUCCUAAACACACUCAAACACACACACACACACACACACACACACACACUUACUUACAUUUAUAAUAUAGAUGUCUUGCCUGCUAGGAUAAACUUCCUGUACCCAUCUUGUCCUAUCAGCUACAGUACAGUACAAACCUGCUUCCCCUCCAUGCCCCCCUUCAGCUGGUAUUUGCUUUGUAGUCUGUCACAUUCAAGGAUAGGUUUCGAUUUUUCAUGUCUAUCUUAAGACAACACUCACAUAAUGUAAUUAUUCCUCUUCUCCAUUUUGGCCAUGUAGUGAUACUGUCAGAGAGUGACCGCAGUGUAAGAAAAGGUUCCGAGCCAAAAUGCAUUCCAAAGUUCAGCUGUAGCUAAAAGAGGCUUCAGCAGUACGAGUUAGACAAAUCACGCUUUUAGCUUCAUUGGGGCAGUCAUGUGUAAGCUAUUUUUCUGAAGAGCUGGUGGGCCAAAGCAGAGCUUAAAUGACCGGCAAUAUUGGACCUGGCUGGCAUGGUGUGCCAAUGUUGUUCUGCUGCUGGACAUGAAAACAUGAAGGCUCAUUGUUGAUGAAGGCUCAUUGUUAACAUUUUCUUUGUGUCUUUCCUCCAGUGGCUUGGCUUUAAAUACGCUUGUUACCAAGUGGUAGUUUGGGAACAGCUGGGCAGAACACAGUAAAGUAAGGCUGAGUUAGCUUAGUUAGCUGAGUCAGCUGAGUCAGGGGGGAAAAAACGAUUGUCUAGGGAAACAGACAGAAUUUCAUUGAAAAAAAAAGACCAAUUUGCUAACCCUUGAUUUGGGUAACUUGAAGUGUGUUUCCAUCCACCUGUUUCUGUGCGCAUUUAAAAUUUGAGCAUAAAAAAAUGAAUGGAAACAUUGGAAAUUUGGCUGAGGUGGAUGAGUUGCUUUAUUGACAAAAGCAAAAAGUGACAAAGUGCAAGAAAUUAAAAUAAAGAAAUCUGGAUGUGCAUGAAGCUCAAAUUAUACAUGAAGUAAACAGAAAUGCCAUGUUUCUAUCACAUGGUUUUUGUUUGUUUGAGUUUAACAUUAAUGGAGAGUUAGCAUCACCAAGUGUUUCUCUUUUUUUUUUUUUUUUUUUUUUUUUUUGUUGAGCCUGUUACAGUCCUGGAGCCAGAAGAAAGUAACUGGCCAGGCAUUUGUUUUUUUAUGGGC